AUGGACUCGAAAUCUCAAGCUCAAAAACACAUUGAAGAGAUCGCUCAUGAGAGAGCACCGGAAAAGAAGACCCGCAACAUACGAGACCUGGAGAGAUCCGUUCAAAAGUUCGCAAAUGAAUUGUACCGGAGCGAAACACACUUCCUGCUCGAGCUGUUACAGAAUGCAGAUGACAACCGAUAUAACAAGACGUCACGGCCAAGCUUCUCCAUAGAAUACCGUGAGCGUGGUUUACGUAUUGAUUGCAACGAAGAUGGCUUCACAGAGGCAAACGUGGAGGCCAUCUGCAGCGUCGGCAACAGCACGAAAGCGACCUCUUCUCCUGGCCAUAAGUACAUUGGCGAGAAAGGCAUCGGCUUCAAAUCCGUCUUUAGAGUCGCAACUAAAGUCUGGAUAUAUUCUGGCGACUACAAAUUUGCUCUUGACCGCACCAAGCCUCUAGGUAUCAUCACUCCUACCUGGGAAGACUUUCCAGAGACUCCGCCUGACGGUGGCACUGCCAUGUAUUUCCAGCUCUCAAAUGAUUGCGACGAGAAAUUAUUCUGGGAUCAAAUUCAAGUCUUGGAUGCCAACACACUGAUCUUUCUUACGAGGUUGAGGGAACUGAAAUUGGUUAUACCAAAAGCAGGUCGACCUCAUGAAAGAAGGCUUUGGCGGGAGGACAAGCGGAUGCAUCACCAAGCUAUAGAAUCCAGGAUUUUCGAAAACGACCAACAGAUUCUACACUACUUGAUAUGUCAAUAUACGACCCAGGAUAUGCCAAAAGAAGAAAAGCGUUCCAGCCGUCGCACUUCAGAUAUCUUGCUGGCAUUCCCCAAGCUGGAUAAUUCUAACUCUCGCCCUCGGUCGCAAAUGAUGUAUGCUUUUCUUCCAAUCAGAGAUUGUGGUUUCAAGUUUCUCAUUCAAGCCGAUUUCCUGCUUGCGGCCAGUCGCGAAGAUAUUGACGAGUCCAGUCCAUGGAAUAAAAAGAUCCUCGUCAGUUUACCGGACGCAUUUGGGAGUGCGAUUGAAUACCUAAACAAUACCGAAUUGCGUUUCACUUGGCCUCGGUAUAUCCCUAGACAGGAUGAAGUUCAGAAGGAUUACCGCACCGUGAGCCGUUCCAUGGUUACUGGACUCUCGAAACGGGAUGUUCUCGAGUCGGAGACUGGCCGAUUAAGGGCACCUUUGACGUUAACGUAUAUCCCGAAAGAGUACACGCUAGGAAAUGGAGAACCAUUGAGCCUCAGCAAUGCUUCGAGCGACCGGUAUCUGUCUAGAAGAUAUGACCACGGUGACAAACAAAACCUUCAACUUAUAGGGGCUAAAGCUCUGACAUUCCACGACUUCGUACGGGAUCUCCACGAGUCUAUUCGCGAGCAGGCAGCCAAGGACCGACCACCAGAAUGGCACUCCCAUCUGGCAAUGGUUCUUGUGAAAAGUCUAAUAGCCCGUGACGUCCGUCAUUCAGCGGUGUCGAAAAUUCCAAUCAUCCCCCUUCGCGAUGGGAGAUGGGUUACGGCAGAUGAGAGCUGGGACAGGCUUUUCUUUCCUGCAGAGGAAACCUCGACAUCAGUCCCGGAGGAUACGGGACUCAUGGAGGUCCACCCAAACUCUGUGAAAGACCCCUUUCGCUUCCAGCUAUUUCAGCUACUUGGAGCGAAGCCCUACAGCGCUGCGCAAAUUUGUCAAGCCAUUGCCAAGAUGCACAAGUCUUCUGCACCACCUGUCGUCACUGUCAAGACCUUAAUUUCACAGACCAUCUUCCUAUUCCUCCAGUCUUGGAUCUGCCCUGAAGACAUUGAUCUCUGGGUUGCAACUGAUCAGGAGAAGUUCCACAGAGCUUCAGAAGUGUACAUGCGACCCUUGGAGGUAGGGGGAAACAGGUUUCCCGCUUUGCAUGCAGAUUACCUACCGGCCAUGCCCGAGAGACAGGAUAAAUGGAGAAAGUGGCUUCGUCAAGAGCUCCAUAUAUCUACGGUCCCUCGCCUUAUUGUCCAAGUUGGCAAGCAUCAUUUUGUCCUGUCCCCCGAGAUGGAAUUGAUAAGAAACCACUGGUCUUCUGCAGACUUUCUCACUUUGUUGCGAGACAAUUGGAACAAUUACUCCGGGUGGUUGGAACCAAACAACCAUUGUUCAUGGCCUCAGGCUUGGGAAACUUCACGAGUUCAGUUGCAGAAGCAAAUCGCAAGUUUCAAGGUUCAAUGCAAAGGAAUGCCUGGUUCAUAUCCUUUGGACCAAACUGUGCUUCCAAACGUGCUUCAAGAUGAUGGAGAGGAAGUGAUCACGUACUUCCGAGUCAUAGACAUUCCAGAUCCGGGAGAACCAUCAUGGGCAUUUCUGGAGAAGUUUGGUGUCAUAGUUCAGCCGAACGCUACUUUGUUCCUUCAGGGAUUGGAAACGGCCAAAAAGAUGGCAUGUGCAGCCGAGUGGGUUUGGUUCUACGAGAAAAUUCAGAUAUAUGCCUCCCAGGAGAAGGCAACAGUAAAAAAAGCCUUCUCCGAAAAUUCAUUGAUUUUCAUUCCGCAAAGCCCAUUUAGAGCAGCGCAGUGGUCGAGACCCGACAACUGCAUCUGGUCCAGUCCAUCAUUUUUCAAACGGACCGCGGCCUUGGUUGGCAUGUAUCCAUCAUGCCGGGGCCUCUUUCAAGAUAUCUUGGGUGUUCAAGAUGCAGACCUCCAGACUGUAUUGACUGAGCUCUUCUCGACCAGCCAGACAGAUGGCUUGGGCUAUUUUGUCAAGCUGUUUACAUACUUGAAUAGGCAUACCAGUGCCAAUGCUCGCGCGUUGAUCACCAGGAACGUUGAAAGUUUCAAGACAAAACCGGUAUUCCCUAUCGAUACAAAGGGGGAGGAGCCGGCAGUGCAUCACUUGGGCUCAAUCUCUGCCGAAAGCAUAUGGUAUAUUGCGGACCGCCCUCACCUGCGCGAAAAGUUUCGUGGAAGAAUUCCUUUGCUUGCUUUUGAUAAUGACCAGCUUGAGAAAAUGAAGUGGAUCUAUCUAUUGCCGUCCAUGACCAAGCGAUCGCUCUCCAACUUAGUUGUAUGUAAGCCUCUGCCAGGGUUGAAGAAUACUCUCCACGAGCGCCUCACACACCUACUCAGAAGUAGAGCCAAGCACAUAGUUCUACUUGUAACAGACCCAGCAGCCAGACGAAACGCUGAGCAUGAAUUGGAAUCCGCUGGCGUAUACAGCUCAGAGAAGGUUUCGGUUCGGUGGGAAUUGAUCGGCCCGUCAGGUUUGGUGGCUACUAGCCUGCCAGAUGUCAGCAACGCGGCUUCUGUUUUGGUCGAAGGCGAACUCCGAAUCUAUCUGUCUCGCAUGGUUAUAAAUGCAGAUAGCGCGCCUCUAGAGUUAUCGCGGACUUUAGCCACUCGAUAUGAAAUACACCAAAGACACUCGCUGACACUAUGCGGCACGCUAUCCUGGACAGACGCAGAGGUUGAGGAUCAACUAAAGCGUGACGGGAUUUCACAUGACCAAGACGUCACGGCCUUUGAUGUGUUGGAGGAACCAACUGUAGAAUCAGACGAAUUCUCUGGCUGGCCUCCGAAACCGGAAACCUGGCUCACAUGGGCUUUCAAAUUGACAGGUGCUGGCAUCACUCAGUUACGCAGCUUGCUUUACGUUGUCCGUUUGUUUUUAUUCACUCGAGAUACAGUUGUCUUCGCUGUACUAGGAAUUGGCAUGUUCACAUUCAUGGAUCCUGCAUUUGGUCUCCUGCGCCCCCAACUGGAUGGCUGGUUACUCAAAAAGAAAGCAGAUAGUCAUCCAGAUCUUGGUACAAGCGACGGACAUACUGUACCGCAGACCCGACCGCCAGAAUUAUCACGGUAUUGGUAUCCAAAUUGGGGACAUACAGCAGCACAGGAAACCUCGCCAGCCCAGGGAGCCUAUCGAACGCCGCCUCCUCCAGACUACGGGCCAGUCCGGACUUCAGUGCCCUCCAACAAACCGACUGCGACAAGCUCUACCCACAGUAAUGACAUUGGAAAUGCUUUCCUCGCCCAAUACCUCACUGUGGACAUGCUGCCAGACAGGAAGGUAACCUUGAUGCUUUUAUUUGCUGUAGUCCUACUUCUUCUGGUAUGGUUUGGCGAACCUAGCACAAGUGACCAAUCUGCCCACAUGGAAGAAGCCUCCAAUGUCAUCAACCCUGCAUCUCACCAGUCUGAUGAGAAAUCCGAGGCUGAAGAAGGGCGAGUCCGAACGAUUAAAAUAGCCGAGAGGGAAGUUGAUUGGGAAAGCGAUUCUACAGAAGACAAUCUUCCAAAGGAGGAAAUGCCUCCUAAGAAGGACACGCCGAAGAUUGAGGGCAAAGAGGUUAUUCAGGCAACCUCACUCCCAUUUGAUUUUGGUCGCUACCUCUCAGCAUCUGAACUUGACCUCCAGAAUCAUUCACAACUCACAGAUCAAAACACUUCCGCCUCGAUAACAACGAAAAUAAGGAGUUUCGAAUCAGAUGAAGGUUCCGUCACUGAAACUCGCACAGAAAUAAUCGUUGCUCCGUCUUCAUCUAGGGAGGGCAGCUCCGUGGAGGUUUUAGGGCACCCACCAGAAUUGACGAACCCAGAGGGUACCAGUGAAGCAGUGAACGAAGCGUUGUUAUCAGAAAAGACCGGAUUCGACUAUGUUGCAACGAAUACUCCCUCGUCCACUCCAGUGGAAGCGAGCCAAACAUCUGAGGAACAGCAUUCAAAAGCAGGGGAUAGCAGAACUGGAAACGUUCCAAGUCCUUCUUCUACUGAGAGUGUUGUCGAGGAGAGUAUGCUGAGAGACGCUAGUGUUGUUGAAACAGAAGAGACAAAGGUAAAUAACAUAUCAGCAACUGAUGAGAGUCCAAGUAAGGAAAUGAGAAACGAGCAUCAUGAGCCUACGCCGGGUGGUGUAACGCUUUCAAGUCAAUUACUGGAUCAAUAUAAAGAUAAUGUUGAACUGGCGACUGGUCAGCCAGUCAGCACCGCGCCGAUGAUAGAGGAUCACCAAUCAGGAAUAGACAAUCCUGUUUCGCUCGGAGAUGUCCCCUUGAAACGACUUGAUGGAGAAAGCUCACCGCCGAAAUUACUCCCACCUGAUGGCCAAAUAGAAAGAUCUGAAGCACUGGAGUAUUCCCCGAUAUCGUCAUGGAACACGGCAUCGGGAUUGCCAAGCAUACCAAUGGGCAAAAUGGACCAGCACAGCUUUGGAGGCGGUGGUGUGUUAGCACCCGGAGAUCGAGCAGUGACGUCUGAGUUUGUGGACCAUUUCAUCACUCGGCAAGACGACAACGAGUUCGUGAACACGAGCACAGGCGUCAUUUAUAAUCCGUCACCAACGACUAUGUUUGUGGGAGAAGACACCGAUGAAGCUCGGUUUUUGGGAGAACUUUAUGUAUCGCAACACCUAAGCUUGCUUCUAGGACCAGACAUCUACCAACCAGAAGAGAAUUGGACCAGCAGCGCGCGAUCUCGCAACGGCCACAAGCCAUUUGAUGCCAAAGAGCCAGCUAAUUCCACAUUCACUAUAGCAGAGAAGCCUGGGAUAGGCAAAGCAAGGGGUUCAGUAUCUCGGGCAUUCAAGAUGUCCGAUCCAGGGCUUGAGAUGCGCAGAUUUCACAUCCAAGUUUGCGUUACUGCUGGCGGACUCCAAUCGCCCUUUCGAUUGUCUAAUGCGCAAUACACCAAGUGUAGGGAUAUGACACUGAAGGGUCAAGCAAAGCCAAGCAAUGUGUAUAUUCUCGCGCGCGUGUACCAUAUACAUACCAACCCUCAAAUCGCUUUUUACACGGAUCCUUGGCAACUCUAUCAAAAAGGCCUCAUUACCCUCGAGUCUUCCAGCGCAUUCCGUGGAACCGUCUCGAGAGCAGCACCGGCAAUCCCUGUUGAAUCUAAAGACGCUGCCACAGCUUCGGAAAUGCAGAGUAUAUAUCAGAGCAAGAGGCUCAACCCGGAUGAGAUCCGUCUUCUCAAACUUGAAAGUAGUGUGGACCUGAAUUCACCACUUGUAGGGAAACUCAUUGUCAAAUCGACCAAGAAAACUAAUGAUUCACUGCGGUACUGGGCAAUCUCAUACGUCUGGGGUUCCGCGCCGACACCACUUUCGCCAUUCAAGUUGGUGAUUAAUGGAGUGAAAAUUCCAAUCACCGAGUCUUUAUGGACCUGUCUUUGCCGCCUUCGGAGUGAAAAUGUAACAGAUUAUAUCUGGGCUGAUGCGAUAUGUAUAAAUCAAACCGACAACUUGGAGAAAGCGAUGCAGGUUCGUCAGAUGGGAAGAAUUUACAGCAAAGCUGAUCGUGUUCUUAUUUGGAUGGGUGGUAACCAAGACAAGGACUACCACGCCAUGGACAUUCUCAAGGCAUUGAGAGGGCCUAGAAAAGCGCAACAGUCGAGGCACAACGAGCAAUUAUCGGUGACUGAGAAGGAAAAGGAACAGGUUUGGGCUUUUCUCCAACGCCCCUGGUUCACUCGAACCUGGACUAUUCAGGAACUUGUCCUCGGCAACCGCGUCUCGAUUUCCUACCGAGACGCCGAAAUGGAAUGGGAUGACUUUAUGGGGUCUGUCUUGCUCUUUGAGGAGAAGAUUUUUAGAACCAAAGGCGGUGUUAGGGAGCUUUAUGUCACACCUUCGAAUCCAGCUCGCGCCCUUGAUCAUAUUAGGCAGACAUGGCAAGGGCAUUCAUUAGAAGCUGUGGGGAGCCGCUUGAAGCUCCCCAUUCUUCGACUUGUCGAGAUGUUUUUUUACGCCCAAGCAACAAUGCCGCGCGACAAGCUCUUUGCGAUGCACAGCAUAGCGUCCGACACAAGCUAUGAGAUCGAAGCAUUUAGACCCGAUUACGAGUCUGAUGAUUCCACAAUCCUAGGAAGAUAUGCCACAGAGUUUGUAAAGAGAAAUAAAGUUUUGGAGCUUCUAUAUAGGGCUGGGAGAGAUAAAGGGAGCAAGUUUUCAUCCUGGAUCCCAGACAUGAUGAACCAUGCCCGGCGCCCACAAUACGGCCCGACGAUUUCCACUUGGAAAGCGAUUGGGACGGCCAACAGCUUCAGAUUCAGCGCAGGGGCAUCUCAAUCCCCAAAUCCGACCGUCACACACCCAGUACGCUACCCUUGUCUCACUAUCACGGGAAAGAUGUUUGAUUGCAUUCAAAGCGAACGAUCGCUCAAGAUCGGCGAUGAUGCUACCGCCAUAAGCUUUGUCCAGAUCCUGGAAGAGCUCCGCCAGCUCCUAUCAGAUCUGCCGUCGUAUCCAAACUUGAGUCACAAGAAGCGCUGGCGUGACCAUGUACUCAUCCAGACUCUGAUUGGAGACGCAAUUGGCCCACAAUGGGGAACAAGUCGCUCGGUUUUAACUGACGACAGUCAAGAAGAGGAGGAGAUACUAGAACGUUGGCCAUUGGGCUUUGAGCAAGAGAUUUUGUCCAUACGGUCGGGGCGAGAUAGUCAUCAAUAUCACUCCAAGCCAGCCGAGGCGCAGGAAAAAGUCAACGACUUUUGGCGUACUGCUGCUGCUUUUCUUGGAAAACUUCCCAAUGCAGCGCUAUGCGUGACCACAAAGGGUUAUGUCGGGAUUGUCCCUGGAGGAACCAGACAAAAAGAUAAGGUCCUUCUCGUCCACGGAGCUCGCGUGCCGUUUGUCGUUCGUCAAGAGCCAGUCACAGGCCACUAUGAGUUGAUAGGGGAGUGUUAUAUCCAUGGGACCAUGUACUACGACGAUGCCGUGGCUGGUAAGGUGGUGGAUGAGAGAGUCAUGUUAGUGUAA